AUGCCGGGCAGCUAUCGUGAUGACCCCCUCAGCGAUGAGGAAGAUCAAGGUUGGGCUGAGAGGUUUGAGGACGGCGAGAGACGCAUACGUCGCGUUUGGGAUGGAUUUUUGGAUUUUGCGCUCCAGGGAAAUAUUCUCGAGAUCGCGUUUGGGUUGAUACUUGCCGCCGCAUUCACCAGUAUCAUCAACUCUCUUGUUUCGGAUAUUCUACUUCCGCCCCUGAGUGUCCUCUUUCCUCUAAACAAAAACCUCGACGAAAAAUUCGCUGUGCUCAAGCCAGGCCCAAACUUCGAUCCUGCAAAUGGCGGCUAUCCGACUAUUCAGCUGGCACAGGAAGAUAGCGCCGUGGUCAUGGCAUGGGGAUCGUUUGUCAACAAGGUCCUGAAUUUUCUUGGUCUUGGCGUCAGUCUCUAUGCACUUGCGGGCCUUUACCAGUACUUCUCCAACGACCCCAUCAUUAAGCAUCUGAAGAAGUGCCCAUACUGCAAGAAGAGCAUAAACGAAAAGGGCCAAGCGUUGUAUCAACUGUACAAGCUGGGUUGA